AAGACCCAGAUCGUGAGGAAGAAGCUGAGAGCGCCAGGCUUGGACGACGAAGGUCCCAGACCGUCGGCGCUCGACUGGUCUGAGGCUGACCUGGAUCGUCAGUAUUACUUGAAGGAACUGCGAGAUUUCUUGCGUCAAGAUCCUGUCAUGGUGAUCGUGCGGCCAGAGCAGAUCGACGACCCGAAGGGCCUGAUCUCGGCCCGCCGAGUGGCGGAUAACAAGCUGAUGGUGGUGAAGAACCUGCUCGGGCUGUUGAAGGAAGCCAGCUUCGUGGCUGGCGCCUUUGAAGCGAACGAUCUUUUCGAUCAAGAUCUCGAUGUGAUCCAGACAGCGAUUCAGACAUUGGUCGACAAGUUGAGACCUUUGGUCGACAUGAUCGCGGACAGUCCGGACCCGAAGGUGCCAGAUCCGGUGUCGCCGGCUCCAGUGUCAUCGCCGCGAGUGGAGGCCACUGGGUACCGAUCGUCGUCACCUUAUGUCUCCGCAGCGGAACAUGUAUCGGAUACGUCGUCUGAACCCCAACGAAUGUCCCUCGGCCCUUCAGGAUCUGCGAUGUUGGACUUGGACGCGCGAUCACGGAGUCAACGUCAGGAACGCAUGCGGUCAGGACCUCGGAAGCAGAAACCCAAGUCGACCGAUCGGACCACCAGUGCUACCGGAUCAGAUGAGUCGAAUGGCAAACUGGAGUCUUACUUUGAGGCUGCGAUGGCUCGAUUUCUGAAGGAACAACAGGCCACGGUGGUAACACCUACUCCAGUGGUCGACGACCACGUUGGAUCGCGGGACGUGGAGAUGGAAUCAGCCGGAUCGCCGGAUCAAGAUCUCUCUCAGUGGGAAUACGAUCCGGACGAUAUUGAUCUACCUAGUUCGGCCCCUGCUGUGGUGGCCACCGCUGCCUCAGGAUCCACUGGGUCCUCAUUGAUCCAGCGUGUACGGAUUUCGACGAUGUCCGAUCUUAAGGAGUUCAGUGGCAAGGAUCAGGACGAAGACCGCGCCCGAUCGUGGAUCAGCAAGGUAAAGUCGGCGCUCCUGCGAGAUCAGGCUACGGACGAAGAGAAGUGCUUGACCUUCGCUGAUCUACUGACGGGCCCGGCGAAGAACUGGUACCGCCAG